CAGGCGCAGAGCUGCCCGCCCGCGGGCCCAGCGCGUGGAGGCUGGUCCCAGCCUUGCGUGGGCAUCGCGUGGGCCCGGCAUCGCCGCUGCGGUCGCCUGCCUGGCAUGGCCAACUGGGUGUUCUGUAAUCGCUGCUUCCAGCCGCCCCAGAGGACGUCGUGCUUCAGCCUCACCAACUGCGGGCACGUGUACUGUGAUGCCUGCCUCGGCAAAGGUCAGGGCCGAGUCACCAACAGCACGCCUCUACAGCUGCGUGAGGAGAGCUCCGUGGAUCGCGCACGCUGGUGCCCCCAUGUCCGCUUGUGCCUUCGGGCCUCGUGGACUCAAUUGCUCUGCACUGGCAUUGGUUUCCUGCAGUCCUUACGCCCUCUGCUGUGCCCAGAGGGGCUCAGCGCCUACCAGGCUCUGCCUCCCAGCCCUCACCACUGCCCAGCACUGCCCUCAGAAGGAAGCGGCCAGGACGAGGGACUGACUGUCCUGCUGAUCGAAGCUACUGACGCAGAUAUCCAGGCGUUCUUCAUGAGCAUAGGCAGUCUGUGUAAGAAGUACUCCAGGGAAACCUCCCAGGUUUCAGAAUUUCAAGAAAAACACAGGAGGAGAUUGUUAGCCUUCUAUAGAGAAAAGAUUUCUAGGUUGGAAGAAUCCCUUAGGAAGUCGGUGCUGCAGAUAGAACAGCUGCAAAGUAUGAGAUCAUCACAACAAACAACUUUCAGCACAAUAAAAAGUUCAGUUUCAACAAAGCCAUACGGAUGCCUGCUGCCACCUCACUCAUCAACCCCCGACAGACUGGAGUCAAUGGAAGUUGAUCUCUCUCCUUCUCCGAUUAGAAAAUCGGAGAUAGCAGCCGGCCCUGCGAGAAUCUCCGUGAUUAGUCCACCUCAAGAUGGACGCAUGGGGCCACAUCUAACAGCUUCUUUCUGUUUCAUCCCAUGGUUGACCUUGUCUAAGCCCCCUGUUCCCAGAGUGUGUGUCGUUUGCAGAGGUUCACCGUGUUUCUGCAUAGACGUCCGUCCUCACUGGAUGCUCCUCCUCGCAUUCAGUUCUGGAAGGCACAGGGAACACACCAACUCUCUAACGCUUCCGAUAUGUGCUGAGGUACACAGGGCCGCCUUGUUUCUGUCCCAGCAGGCUGAAGGCACCCUGGACACGUUCAGAACACUCACUGUGUCUGUUGUGUUUCCUCUUUGCCAGUGUGAAAGGAAAUAG